AAAAGCUUGGCUAUGGAGAACCCUCGGACAAUAACCGAUUUGCCGUUCGAAGUUCUCGAUCUGAUAUACAACGAUCUGGAUUGUUUGAGAGAUAAAGUGGACCUGGCCCAGAGCCAUAACAAUCUGGGAAAAGCUUUUGCUCUUCACAGUCGCAAUGAGUUCAGGACUCUUAAGCCGAGUACAGAGUUAACUGACGAAUCGUGGUCCUUUCUUAUAAAACAGUGCGGCACUUCAAUUGAGGAAAUAUGCUUCGGAGGCAGGGGCAUUUACUGGAAUGAUCUUAUAACCCAGGCGAUAGUGCCGAACUGUCCCAAUCUGAAAUCAUUAUCGACUGAUUUUUACACGCAUGAUAGUAAGAGCAUUCAGCAUUUUUUAGAGGAGAUGAAAAAUUCCCUGACAUCGCUUACUCUGAACCAAAGGGAUGAUUUCCCUUUUGAAAUCUUAAAAGUGGUUAGUGAAAUGAGUAAACUAAAGCAACUUUCUAUAAGAGGGAAUUUUGAUGAAAGUGUUUGCCAUUUAGAGAAUCUAAUAGCCCUGGAAAAGCUGGGAAUCGAAUAUCGUAGUAAUUCAUCGAAACUUCGUGUCGACUUAAUACGGAUUUGUGCUUCCUUGACAAAUCUUCGGGAUUUAUAUGUGUCUGAUGUAGAAAUAUUGCCGUAUGAAAAGCCAUUUUUAGCAACGUGGGCCAGAGUAGAAUCCCUAAAUUUGAGUCGGUGCAAAUUACCACCUGAACUCCCAGACUGUCCUCAGCUCAAAUUCCUCAAUAUACAUCAUCCCAUAUUACACAACGAAGGUAACGCCUUCCUUUUCCUUCUCGAGAGCGGAAGAAAUCUCGAAACAUUGUAUGAAGAAUUCGACCCACCAAUUGAUGCCGAUAGCUUCCUCAUAAUACUUCAGGCCUGCCCAAAAUUGCGAAGUUUUUAUACUCGAAUGGAAUAUAUAAGACUCUAUUCGGACUAUGUGUCUACUAUUUUGGAAAUUCUUAAGGGUAAUGGAGUGACCCAAGACGAUCCAUUCGAAUUGGUUAUAUGUAGGCGUAUUAAGUGGAAACGCUUCCGAAAAUUACUUCGUUGUGCCCCUGAUGCUGAGUUGAUCGAUCUGUAUGAGGGUACUGAGCAGAAUGUAAAAAUAAAUAAACUAAAAUAAUUUUAUGUUGGAUAUAAUUAUAAUGUAACUUCGAAUAUAAUAAAUUAUUUGCUGAAAUUCACCAGCCGAUUUCAGUCAACUUUAAUCCAAGAUACCAAAAACUUGGAAUGGAAAAGAAACGGACAAUAAUCGAUUUGCCGUUCGAAGUUCUCUAAUAAUUGUAAAAUAAAUCUUUUGAAAGAAUGUAACAGUGUAAUUCGCAAGUAAUUUAAGGAAAAGGAAUUCAGGCGUGUAAGUUCAAGACACCAGUUAUGGAGUUUAAAGGCAAUACAUGUCCGAUUAGGAAGGGAAAU